AUGACAGAUGAUAAGCUUGUGCUGACACCUGCUGCCAUGCUCUCUACUCUAGCGCCGCCGGUAUUUUUAGCAGACUAGCGCCAGUCACACUUGGACUAGGGUUGGGCCAGGUGGACCCAGACCCCACGGCGUUCGCUGCAGAGCCUAUCGUUUUCAUUAAUCAUACGAUGACCUAGCUCAAGUGUCAAGAAUGACUUCCAAUGCUAUCCGCGGCAUCCGACGCAAGAAGUCUUCACUCUCGGAGGUAAAGGUUGCCGUGGUGGGAGCACCGGGAGUCGGUAAAAGUGCUCUGACGGUAAGAUUCCUGACCAGACGUUACAUUGGGGAAUAUGACCAUCAAGCAGACACGCGGUACAAACAUGAAGUGUUGGUUGACGGCGAACCUGUGCUGUUCGAGAUACUGGACACUUGCCCGAAGAAUGAUGAGGAACUCCCCCAGUCUGAGAGCCUGAGCUGGGCAGAUGGUUGUCUGCUGGUGUACGCCAUCACAGACAGACGCUCCUUCAACUAUGUACGAAGAGCAAGGCAAGCACUGAGUGACCUGCCGUUAGUACUGGUUGGCAACAAGGCUGAUAUGGUGCAUCUGCGACAGGUCAGCACUGAGGAGGGAGAGAUCCUGGCUAAAGACUUUGAGUGUUGGUUCAGCGAAGUGGCGGCUGCUGAACAAGUGAGUCAAGUGGGCGAAGUGUUCCACGAGUUGUGUCGUGAAGUGUUAAGUGUGCGCAGGAAGAACAAGCAGUCUCUAUUGGAGCGGAUGUUGGGAAACAAGGCUUCGGGACGGGCCUAUGCCAGGGGAAAGAGUGACAGUGCACUACCAAAGGACUAGCAGGAAUGUCCUUGUCAUGACAUUUUCAUAAUAUUUUGUAAAUAAUUUGUAAAAUAUUAAGAGAAGUUGUUAAACUUAAAACAAAUAAAUUUUGUAAUUUGAAUAAAAAAAUUAAACCUA